UGCGAGGAACUGGGCCGACCGAGGAGCUCGGGCGUGCGUGUGUAAAAUCAGAAGGCGUUUGGCUCGGAGCCAUGUUUUUUUUCCCUUCUCCUUAAUUGUGCAGACAGAAAAAUCCCUUCUACCGGUUUUCCCGGGGAGACGGGCUGCGCCGGCCCGGCCUCCCCCACAAGUCCCUCGUUUGCUCUGUCGGCCUCCGGGUCCCGGGGCGGUUCUCCUUUCCUUCCUGCCUUCCUUCCCUUUCCUACUCUCCCCACCUUCAACCGAGCCGGGCCAGCCAGCGGGUGAGCGGGGUGUCUGCAAAGCGGCCCGGUCACCUGUCGUGGCAGCUGCAUGGAAAUCUGCUGUCUGGAGCCUGUGCGGUUUCUUCUGGCAAAUCACGGAGAUUCCGCUCCAGGCUUCAACCCCCCUUCCUCUUUUGCUCCUUCACUCUCCUAACCCAGCUCCUGCUGCUGAUGUGAAGUUUCACCGUUUGUGGGCAAUUAACAAGGAGGUGUCCACUUCUUUCUUUCCGAGGCGCCACUUGCUGGGAAGAGUUGUAAGAGUCCAUCCAGGACCUUCCAGUCAUGAAUAAUCUGAUGGCUCCUGAAUUAACCGGGAAAACAAACAUAUCAAGUGCCAUUUGAAGAGUGUGUCUAUGUAAAACCCUUUCUCUACAUAGAAACUUUCCCAUACGAAGACGGUCUGAAUUUCGCAACUGGUGAAGAUUAAGCAUCAGCUGGAACACCUUACACUGUUGGGGUCAGGAGUCAGUCUGUCACUAAUGUCAGAUUUUCCUUACCGUGUUCAUAAGCAAAAGCAAGUUUUCAGAAGAACACGUUGUACAGAUGAAACCUGAAGAAUCCCUCUCAGUGUAAAGCAGGAGCAGACGUUAAAACUCUGAACUGAAGCUCAGCAACUUCUACUGUGGCUGUAGCAGGAGUGAGGGGACUGAUCUGAAAAGGAACAGAUUCCUUUCUGUCUUCAGCUAUUUGAAGUUUUUUAUUUAUUAUUUAUCUUUUUUCUUUUCUGCGUAUAUAUGCCAUUUUAAAAUACUAAUUGGAACUGUCAGUUACAAAAUAAAUAUCAAGAAAAGCCUUUUUUGGUCCAAAGAUGUGAACAGGCUUGCAGGUGAACAGGAAGAUAUCUUUUGGUAAAGCUUGGACCGGUCUUGGGAGAUGGUACAUCUUGGAGAGCUCUGCUACACACCUAGGUGGCUGGUUUAAAGGCCUGCAUCCAUCGGAGAGGGGGAUUAAUUAAUAGACACAAUUCUAAGAUUGCUUUUUUCAUUAAGAGAAGAGUACAUGAUUUUUAUGAGUGCAAAAGCAGAGAAACUAGAGAAAGGAGAAACAGAAGCCUGCAGCCCGAGUCUGUGUAAGCAGGAAGUAGGACCGAACUGAGGACACUACUUGGUCCAUUUAGAUAGCAGUUUAUUCAUACUCAGUGACCCGCAGGCCUCCACCUCUGCUUGAGGGAAGGGCUUUGCUCCUGUCUCUAUGGCACUGAGGGGUGUUCUAGCCCUUGGAGGAGUCAUUCUAGGAAGCCCUGUGUUCCUAGGGACACAGGGCCAGGCUUUGAGACAGGAAGCUUCUGGCUGUGAGCAGUGGGGGAAAGAGUGAUUUUCUUGUUAAAACUUUGACCGUUGUCUGCAUGAGCUCUGGUCUGACUUUGCACGUUAGUGUGCCUUUCCCCUUAAGCAACCUUUUCCAGCUGGACAGCAGAAACUUGCCUAGUUCAGAAAACGUGCCAGAGGGUGGCUUCAGAGGGAAGAUGAUCUUGUGCGAUCACUCUCUGCAUUUGAACUAUUGAAUAGAGAAAUCCAGCUAGAGGAAUUCUUACCGCCUUAAGUUACUUGAAAUCUAUGUGUUUGUAACCCUUUGUCUCUGGAAUCGCAUUACAAAAAAAAACCUGGAAUCUCAGGCUGAGAAUAACGAGGCUGAGUAAAAGCGAAGAGAACUGCCUCUUCAUUAUCACUUACUAACAGCUCUUUCUCCAAAGGAUUAGCGUGGUUUCCCCCUAAGAACUUGAAAAUGAGAACGGAACCUGUGUAUUUUUAGGCAUUACCUUUCUUAGCCGACUGACGUCUUUUAUAGAGGAGUUUUUUCACUAUGCAUUUGGUGGAUCUUUAUAAGCUAUUGACCUAAUUGGACUCUAGAUCAGUUGUAACUAAAGGAGAAAAAAACCAAACCAACGGAGCCCAGCCACAAAAAUAAGCCAAUAAAAGAACUUGGUUUGAAAUUCCUCAGUACUUUUAAAGUGAAAUACUUCAUUGAGAAAAGUAUGUAUGCAGCAGUGGAACAUGGGCCUGUGCUUUGCAGCGACUCCAACAUCCUCUGCCUGUCCUGGAAAGGGCGUGUCCCCAAGAGUGAGAAGGAGAAGCCUGUGUGCAGAAGGCGCUACUAUGAAGAAGGAUGGUUGGCUACAGGCAAUGGGCGAGGUGUGGUGGGAGUGACUUUCACCUCGAGUCACUGUCGCAGAGAUAGGAGUACACCACAGAGAAUAAACUUCAACCUUCGAGGCCACAACAGUGAGGUUGUGCUGGUGAGAUGGAAUGAGCCCUACCAGAAACUCGCCACGUGUGACGCAGAUGGAGGAAUCUUUGUGUGGAUUCAGUAUGAAGGCAGGUGGUCUGUGGAACUGGUCAAUGACCGUGGGGCUCAGGUGAGUGAUUUCACGUGGAGCCAUGAUGGGACUCAAGCUCUCAUUUCAUAUCGAGAUGGGUUUGUCCUGGUUGGUUCUGUCAGUGGACAAAGACACUGGUCAUCUGAAAUCAACUUGGAGAGCCAGAUCACGUGUGGUAUAUGGACUCCCGAUGACCAGCAGGUGUUGUUUGGCACAGCAGAUGGGCAGGUGAUCGUCAUGGACUGCCACGGCAGAAUGCUAGCCCAUGUCCUCCUGCAUGAAUCUGAUGGCAUCCUCAGCAUGUCCUGGAAUUACCCCAUCUUCCUGGUGGAGGACAGCAGUGAGAGUGACACAGACUCGGAUGAUUAUUCUCCUCCCCAAGAUGGGCCUGCGGCCUACCCCAUCCCUGUGCAGAACAUCAAGCCUCUGCUCACCGUCAGCUUCACCUCCGGAGACAUCAGCUUAAUGAACAACUAUGACGACUUGUCUCCCACUGUCAUCCGUUCAGGGCUGAAAGAGGUGGUGGCCCAGUGGUGUACGCAGGGAGACUUACUGGCAGUUGCUGGGAUGGAGCAGCAGGCACAGCUCAGUGAACUGCCCAAUGGUCCUCUUCUGAAGAGUGCCAUGGUCAAGUUCUACAAUGUUAGAGGAGAGCACAUUUUCACCCUGGACACGCUUGUACAGCGCCCUAUCAUCUCCAUCUGUUGGGGCCAUCGGGACUCUAGGCUGCUUAUGGCUUCAGGACCAGCCCUGUAUGUGGUUCGUGUGGAACACCGAGUGUCCAGUCUCCAGCUGUUGUGCCAACAGGCCAUCGCCAGCACUCUUCGAGAAGACAAGGAUGUUAACAAGCUGACCUUGCCCCCUCGUCUCUGUUCCUACCUCUCCACUGCCUUCAUUCCCACUAUUAAGCCCCCGAUUCCAGACCCCAACAACAUGCGAGACUUUGUCAGCUACCCUUCAGCGGGCAAUGAACGACUGCACUGCACCAUGAAGCGCACAGAGGAUGACCCAGAGGUCGGCGGGCCCUGCUACACACUCUACUUAGAGUACCUGGGAGGGCUCGUGCCCAUUCUCAAGGGGAGGCGCAUCAGCAAACUGCGGCCAGAGUUUGUCAUUAUGGACCCUCGGACAGACAGCAAAUCAGAUGAGAUCUACGGGAACAGCUUAAUUUCUACUGUGAUUGACAGCUGCAACUGCUCAGACUCCAGUGAUAUUGAACUGAGUGAUGAUUGGGCUGCCAAGAAGUCUCCCAAAAUUUCCAGAUCUAGCAAAUCGCCCAAACUCCCGAGGAUCAGCAUUGAGGCCCGAAAGUCACCUAAGCUUCCACGGGCUGCUCAAGAGAUUUCUCGGUCUCCCCGAUUGCCCAUGCGCAAGCCCUCCAUGGGCUCGCCCAGCCUGACACGGAGAGAGUUUCCUUUUGAAGACAUCACUCAGCACAACUAUCUUGCUCAGGUCACGUCCAAUAUCUGGGGAACCAAGUUUAAGAUUGUGGGCUUGGCUGCAUUCCUACCAACCAACCUCGGUGCAGUUAUCUAUAAAACCAGCCUGCUGCAUCUCCAGCCUCGGCAGAUGACCAUUUAUCUCCCGGAAGUUAGGAAGAUUUCCAUGGACUAUAUUAACCUGCCUGUCUUCAACCCAAACGUUUUCAGUGAAGAUGAGGAUGACUUACCAGUUACAGGAGCAUCAGGUGUCCCUGAAAACAACCCGCCUUGUACAGUGAACAUCCCUAUUGCACCAAUCCACAGCUCUGCUCAAGCUCUGUCUCCCACACAGAGCAUAGGGCUGGUGCAGUCCCUGCUGGCCAAUCAAAAUGUGCAGUUGGAUGUCUUAACCAAUCAGACAACAGCUGUAGGGUCAGUAGAGCAUGCAGGUGAUGCUGCUACCCAGUACCCAGUCUCCAGUCGGUACUCCAAUCCUGGACAGGUGAUUUUUGGAGGUGUAGAAAUGGGCCGCAUCAUUCCGAAUCCUCCUCAAUUGCCUUUGCCACCACCGCCACCACCACCACAGGCGCCUAUGCAGCUGUCUGGGGUGGACCAUGGAGAUCGGGACCAUGAGCACCUGCAGAAGUCAGCCAAGGCUCUGCGCCCAGUGCCUCAGCUGGCUGCCGAGGGGGAUGCGGUAGUUUUCAGUGCCCCGCAGGAGGUCCAGGUGGCGAAGAUGAAUCCCCCACCCCCGUAUCCAGGAACUAUCCCUGCUGCCCCCACCACGGCUGCACCCCCACCCCCUCUGCCACCACCACAGCCCCCAGUGGAUGUGUGUUUGAAGAAGGGUGACUUCUCACUGUACCCUACAGCAGCACAUUACCAGCCUCCACUAGGCUAUGAGAGGAUUACCACCUUUGACAGCAGUGGCAAUGUGGAAGAGGUGUGCCGGCCUCGGACUCGGAUGCUCUGUUCCCAGAACACCUACACUCUCCCUGGUCCAGGCAGUUCUGCCACCUUGAGACUCACAGCCACUGAGAAGAAGGUCCCCCAACCCUGCACCAGUGCCACUCUGAACCGACUAACUGUCCCUCGAUACUCCAUCCCCACAGGGGACCCACCUCCUUACCCUGAAAUUGCUAGCCAGCUGGCCCAGGGGCGGAGUGCCGCUCAAAGGCUGGACAACAGUCUCAUCCAUGCCACCCUACGAAGGAACAACCGAGAGGUUGCACUUAAGAUGGCCCAGCUGGCAGACAGCUCCCGUGCCCCACUGCAGCCCCUAGCCAAGCCUAAGGGGGGUGCUGCUGGGGCAGUGGCACAGCUCCCAGCAAGGCCUCCACCUGCCCUAUACACCUGCAGUCAGUGCAGUGGAGCAGGGCCCAGCUCCCAGUCAGGUGCAGCCCUGGCCCAUGCUCUCAGCACCUCCCCACUGGCCUCCCAGUCCUCCUACAGUCUUCUCAGCCCUCCUGACACCUCCCGGGAUCGUGCUGACUAUGUCAACUCAGCCUUCACAGAGGAUGAGGCCCUGUCUCAGCACUGUCAGCUCGAGAAGCCUCUGAGACAUCCCCCACUUCCUGAAGCUGCUGUCACCUUGAAGCGACCUCCCCCUUACCAGUGGGACCCCGUGCUGGGCGAGGACGUUUGGGUUCCCCAGGAAAGGACAGCACAACCUACAGUGCCCAACCCUUUAAAACUGUCCCCCCUCAUGCUAGGGCAAGGCCAGCACCUGGAUGUGGCUCGAGUGCCCUUUGUGUCUCCCAAGUCUCCGUCCAGCCCUACUGCCACCUUCCAGACAGGCUAUGGGAUGGGAAUGCCAUAUCCAGGCAGCUAUAACAACCCCUCUUUGCCUGGAGUACAAGCUCCAUGUUCCCCUAAGGAUGCCCUGUCCCAGGCACAGUUUGCACAACAGGAGUCUGCUGUGGUACUUCAGCCAGCAUACCCACCCAGCCUUUCCUACUGCACCUUGCCCCCCACAUACCCAGGAAGCAGCACCUGCUCCAGUGUACAGCUGCCGCCCAUCGCCUUGCACCCUUGGAACUCCUACAGCACCUGCCCACCCAUGCAGAACACCCAGGGCACUCUCCCCCCCAAGCCCCACUUAGUGGUGGAGAAGCCUCUUGUGUCCCCUCCACCUGCCGAGCUCCAGAGCCACAUGGGCACAGAGGUGAUGGUAGAGACUGCAGACAAUUUCCAAGAAGUCCUCUCUCUGACAGAAAGCCCUGUACCGCAGAGAACAGAAAAAUUCGGAAAGAAGAACCGGAAGCGCCUGGAUAGCCGAGCAGAGGAAGGAAGUGUUCAGGCCAUCACUGAGGGCAAAGUGAAAAAGGAUGCUAGGACUUUGAGUGACUUUAAUUCUCUCAUCUCCAGCCCCCGCCUAGGGAGAGAGAAGAAGAAAGUGAAAAGUCAGAAAGACCAGCUGAAGUCAAAGAAGUUGAACAAGACAAACGAGUUCCAGGACAGCUCAGAGAGUGAGCCCGAGCUGUUCAUCAGCGGGGAUGAGCUGAUGAACCAAAGCCAGGGCAGCAAGAAGGGGUGGAAAAGCAAGAGGAGCCUGCGGACCGCCAGCGAGCUGGAGGAAUUCAAGUGCCGCAAAGCCAGUGAGAAGGAAGAUGGGCGGCUGGGCAGCCAGGGCUUCGUGUACGUGAUGGCCAACAAGCAGCCACUGUGGAACGAAGCCACACAGGUGUACCAGCUGGACUUCGGAGGAAGGGUGACCCAGGAGUCUGCCAAGAAUUUCCAGAUUGAGUUGGAAGGACGACAGGUGAUGCAGUUUGGACGGAUUGAUGGCAACGCAUACAUCCUAGACUUCCAGUACCCCUUCUCAGCUGUUCAGGCUUUUGCUGUUGCCCUGGCCAAUGUGACUCAGCGCCUAAAAUGAAGAGACAGAUGCAGGAGUAGACUUGGCAGGAGCCUUUGGAGGCAGAGCUCAUGCUGCUACUACCUGAGAAGAACAGAGGAAGCCAGCAGGCCAGGAGGGUGCUGGUCUGUAGGCAUGGCCCGUUCGUUGAGUUAGCCUUUAUUGUCUCUUUUCUUUUGCCUGAGUGGUGUUUAGAAGUGAAGAGUUUGAAGGCGGUGUGGCUUGGCUGCAGCGUGUGCUGUAUUUACCUCUCAUGGCCAGCUAAGGGCCUUGGCAGAGAAGACAGGUUGCUGGGCCUUGCUCUUCUUUUAAACAUAGGGAGCAUCAGUGUUCGUUCUUCAUGUCAUCUGCCCUUUAUCCCAACAGUCACUCAUGAAAAACAAAUUUUUCCAAACACAACCAAAACUCUGGAAGACUCAGCUUGCAUUGGGCUGUGGAGGGCAGCGUUUCCUUCCCAGGUGCGCGCUGCUCACUAAAAGGUACCUGGGUGAGUGAGGGUGCAUAUGCAAAUGCCCUGUGCUCUGCUUAGGUAAGCCACCAUAGAUGGGCACUGCCACCAUUGUCAACGUGAUUUGAUAGGCAGUGUGUGAGGGAAGAGACACUGCCCAUGGACACAGGCUCACAUGCAGACAGCUGGAUGAGCUGGUAGUGUGGCUCAUGCAAGGGUUAUUUUCCAAGGAUAGUAGUUGGAAACCCCACUGGUUUCUUGUGUCAGAAUUAAUCCUAUCUGACUUUGAAAGAAGGUAAGAGACUUCAGUCAGUGGGCCGAUCCAGGAUGAGGUAGAGCUGGGUUUACAUCAUAGUCAUUAGACUGCUCAGUCACCAGAUACCUCCCUCCACUUGUCAAGAACCUGCCUUGGCUCUCCUUACCCCUUUGUUUGAAUCUGGAGCAUUUUACUGUAGACGUCUUUCUCUUUAGAUCCUAUUGCUCUGUCUUUUCUAAACCAUGAAUGAGACUUGAUUUGCAGCUACGCCUUCCCUUCCCUUCCCUUCCCUUCCCUUCCCUUGUCCACAUUAAAAUUCAGUUGUUUUGAAUGCUUUCCAAUAGUUAUAAGUGUAAUCAAAAAUAUGUGUGCAUUUCCCAGCAUAGUAAAAGAUAGAGCCAUAGUCACAUCUUUGGGGAAAACUCCACAAUAUGCUGUAAGGGGGAAAAAAGAACUGGUUUUGGGUGCAUAGACUGUACUAAAAGAUUGACCACAACCAUGGGAGAGCCUUGUUAAGACUGUCUGUGCUUUAUUCAUUCUGCCUGUAGCAUGUUUGCAAAAUUUCUUCUCGUGGGAACACACACACCCAGGAAACUACCCAAACCUUGGUAGUAAGACCCAGUUCUCGCUGUUGCUGCUACCUGUGCUGCUUAUUCCCAGAGCACAAGAGCUUUUACUUUUGAGUUGGGUUUUAUCUGAAAGCCGACAAGUGGAAGAUGCUAAGGCAAUUCUUUUCAGCUUAAAUAUUUAGUUUCCUCCUCUUUUUCCUCUUCCUCCUCCUCCUUUGUGUUUGGUUUAAAAAAUAAUGAAAGAAACUGUCUGAUUCCUUUAACUGAGAAAAAUUAAAUUACUCAUCAUUUUUCCCUAGAUUCCAAAGAAAUAUGGACAAGAACAUCUCCCAGCUGAUAGUGGAGUUUUCCCUUUUAUAAUUUAAAAUAUGAGAGCUGAUUCUUAGGUGGGCCAGUUGUCCGGAACAAGCUGAGCAGUAUGUUCAGAGUUACUGUGUUUACGUACGUCCCUGGAGCUUGAUGAGGCGGCUCAGUGCUUAGCGUUAGCUGUGCAAUACUGUUGUCGCCUCUCUGUUUAUGGAAUAAUUUAAAUGCAGUUGUCUUUGUUUUGUUGUCUAAGAGAUAGUUAUUUAUCUUGCUCUUUAUAGUAUUCUUGGGAACUAUUUUGUUACUAUGUAUUGGUGAUUUAUGCCCAUUUUAUUAUUUAUUUAGAAAAAUAGUACCUUUGUAAUAACUUGUUUGGUGGCAAUAUAUUUUGCUACAAAAAAUAAAGAGAAUAUGACAGAAGGUUUUUUUGGGGGGCGGGGAGGCUAGGUGCUUUGUAACUUUCUUGAGAGUUGGGAGAAAAUCUUAUUGAUCCCCUAAAAAAAUAAAUUCACUCUUUAUCUCAGUAUUGAUUAUAUGCAAAAUAGGCAAUUUCUUUGAGAUAGCAUACCCUAAGAUAGUAUUUCUUAUUUUGAAAAUGUUAGUUUAAAAUAAAAUGUGAUAAGACACAAGGAAGGGCAAGACAUCUAAGAUAAGAGUCUCAAAAGAGUCCCUUAGUAAAUGAUCUUCAAGUUUUAGGUUUGGUUUUGUUUGUUUGUUUUUAGUUAAAAUUCACCUUUUCCAGACUGCAAAAGUUAUACUUACAAUUUUGCUAAAUAAGAACAAAUAUGGAGGAAAUCCCUACAAGAUCCUUUUUGUCUGUGGAGAUGCAGGCUUCUGGCCUUGAGUUGCUUGACCUGUGAGCUGCAGGAACAGCAGCCACUCACUAGCCUCCUCCCCCAGGCGGAGAGUGAGUCUCAGGUUCCACAUGGGCAGAAAGCUGCUGGCUGCAGCAGUUGUGACAUCGUAUCAUUUAAGAUAAUGGCUUCUUCCAGUCAAUAUCACUUGAUUAAAUUCUCCUCAAAUAAAGACUUUUAAGUAACAGAAUUCUGGGUACUUCAUGGUUAUUAAGUAGCAAUUUGUCAAUGUCCCAAUGUCUCAUUGGAUACUGAAAUUAAAAACAGUCAACUACUUAGAGACCCAUAGGAAAAGAGUAUAUUAACCAACAUGAAAACUAGUGUUAGAUUUAUUUGGCUCAAGUAUCAUCAAAACAAAAGUUGUGGGUGAAUAUACCCAUAUGAAUGUAUAGCCUGAAAAAAGCUGGGACCACCACAGCUAGAAAUACUCGGCUCUAAUGAGCAUACAAAGCAAAAGCUUUUGCAUGUUGGUUUUUUCCAUCCAGAGACAUGCCUUCUGUGUAAUACUCAUUCUGUAAUCGCAGGUCAGGGACUCAAGGGCCAAUUGUCCUGCCACGGGGAUAGGGGUGACUUUGGGCAAACCCCUAGGGUGCCUGGCCUCCUUUUGUCCAUCUCUUACAUGAAAAGUCAUGCCUGGAGAAGCUUAAACACUACGUUCUGGCUCUGGUAGCCUAAGAGCUCAGAAUUGAGCAGCCCAUCUUCCCCUUCACAAGGGUGGGAGUAUGUUUCAAAACGUGGCACCUGUGUAGAAAAAAGUUUUCAUGAGUCUGUAAGCUGUCUAUAGUCUCCUGGAAAGAAACCAGAAGUUUACCCCUAAAUGUGUUUAGAAUGCUUAUUCUAAUAAAAUGAUGGAAGCAUCAAAUCCAAGUGUAGUGGAAGUCCCCAAGCAGUCCCCAAGGAGUGGGGCGUCCUCAAGUAAAACAAGGCACUGUGUCGCUGUAAAACUGGGUGUGGGUUGCUGCCUUUGGUGUGCUGUCCUGUGAGCUGGGGACAGGUUGGCGACAGUAGCUGGGUUUGAGCUGGCAUUUGCUCCUGGAAGUUUUUGGUAACAUACAGUUCAGAAGGCUACACCGCUGUGUAUCUCCUCAUCUCUGGCAGAUGAGCUCUGGAGGACUGUGACUGACUUUGUUUCCAUUUUCGUCAGCUUUGUGCAGUUCUCCUGUGACUUUGUAUCUGUAUUUCCUGUUUACAAGUCUAUCUCAAGGGGAAGGGUAGGAUGUUAAGAUCUAGUUUAUUGUAGAUAUUCUUUCUUGUGUUGUAGAAAAGCAUGGGUUAUACAUUUGAGUGGAAACAGCACUGUAUUAUUUACCAAAGGUGUAUUGUUUGCAUUUGUUUAUAAAUGCAUUAUUUUAGUACUGUAAAUUUGGGCAUAAUUUCUGAGUUUACUACUAUUGCUACUGCUGGCAUCUGUCUUUCUCCUUCUCUGUCAUCUUUUUUAUCCCCAUAAAUGUGCAAUGUGGGGUGCAUAUGUCACAGACCAAACAAGACCACCAGCAUGUUAUGUCCACACUUUGGGAACAGCGUGCACUGUUUCAUACACAUCGGUCCCUGCAGUGUUGGUUUCUUCAUUUCCUUUGAAAAGUCAGCAUUUUGCUUUAACCUUCCAGACAAAAAUCUGUUUCGAGUCACCAUUGCAUCUCAAUGAGCUCUCCCUUAUUUGCCUAUCUUUGUAUGUAUUUUGUAUACUAGAUUGUCCAGGAAGUAUUCUAGAAGGGAGUAAUGGUUUGCAUUCAAAAUGAUGUAAUUUUCCAAAUUAUUUUGCCUUUAAAAUUGAAAUGGGUUAAUCUCAUUUUUUUUCUUGAUGAUUUGAAAUUAUAAGAUUUGUCCAGCUAUUGCUUAAUAAAAUUUUGCAGAUCAAAAAAUAUCAAUUA